AGGCAGAGUAUUGCACAAGCGUGGGCUUUGUGUUGUGGUUUGUGUACCGCCCAAAGCCUUGUUACAUUUGUUGCGUGUUUGUUGCGUUGGAGCUGCAUCGCCCCGCAGGUUGCACCGUUGCUCUGAUUGAAUUAAACGCAGAGGAUGAUUUGUUAGUUGAUCGCAGUUGCUGCCGUGGUCUGAAGCCGGAGAAGCAAUGGAUCUUGAUAACCUCAAGAUUGUGGUGAUAGUAGUUCUGCUCUUUCUGCCGUUGUGCUUCACAUUGCUGCCUUUGAAGUUGAUUUCUUAUGUGGAACAUGCGGAUGGUUCACGUAAACAAAGACUGUACCGGAUGCUAAGUCUCCUUAACUGCUUCUCGGGUGGUGUGUUCCUGGGAGCAUGCCUGCUGGACCUGUUCCCUGAUGUGAACAGCUUGAUGGGCAGCAUCAUGGACCGCAUCGGCUCCACCGUGACGUUCCCCGUGGCUGAGUUCACUGUGGUGAUGGGGCUCUUCCUGGUGCUGCUCAUCGAGGGUGUGGUGGCGAGCUGCCAUGGGGAUGGUGCCGAUGGUGCCGACACCGAGCCGCUGCUCAGCACGCCCCCUGUGAACUACGGCUCGGCAGACCACGGGCAACUGGAGGCCGACCGCACCGUCGCCGCUGACGCCGACGCGGUCAGCGGCCACGAGCACGGCCACGGCCACGGCCACGAGCACUUGCCGUCGGGCCAGGCGGGUAUCCGCUCGUUGCUGCUGGUGAUCGCGCUCUCGCUGCACUCGGUGGUCGAGGGUCUGGCCAUCGGGCUGCAGGAGAGCAGCGACCUGCUGCUGCAGAUAUUUGCCGCCGUCGCCAUCCACAAAGGUGUGCUCGGCUUCUCGCUGGGCAUGAGCCUGGUGCGAGACGGCUCGCUCUCGGCCGGCUCCAUGCUGACCUCGGCGUUGGUCUUCUGUGGCGCCUCUCCGCUCGGCGUCGGCAUUGGCUGGGCCGUCACCGACGCCGGCAACUCGUUAGCUGGCGACGUGGCCAACGCCGUGCUCCAGGGAAUCGCGUGUGGCACCUUCCUCUACAUCAUCUUCUUCGAGGUUCUGCCGCACGAGUUCCGCACUAGCGAGGACCGCUUGCUGCGCAUCCUGUUCGUGGUCGUCGGCUUCGCCGUUGUCUGCGGCGUGCUCUUCCUCGACCCGGAUGUGCAGACGCCGAGAUGCGUGAACCCGUGACGCUGGGUCAUGUCAUGACCCUGGGUCAGGUCAGCCCGUGACCGGGUCAGGCGGCAGCGGUGCUCGAUACCGGUCAGCGUCUGAUGUGGUAUGCCUUCAGAAGCGUGCCCGUGUCACCAUCACCGUGUUUGUUUAAUGCUCCUUGCGAAGAACGGUGUGUACAUUUGCGUUACCUAGUGCAUUAUUUUUCACUUACGCGUGAUACGGGACGGUAAAGGCGAUUUUGUUGACGAACAAAUCACAACAGUCCUAAGUGAAGUCAUCUCGGCUGUGUGGGUGUCCUCCUGUCAUUACCCACACGACGCCGCUCUUGAGUCAUGUUCCGCCUCAGUGCCGAGUCACGCGCCCAGAAUACCCCGGCGGGCUGCCCGACGCCACGCGAACCGCGCCGCCCCGGUACCGCUCCGUCUAUUUAUAGCCAUCAGGUGUCGUAACUUGCAUGCUUACCUGAAUGACGUGCUGCUCCGUGACCGGGCCGCAAGUGAAUGACAACCUCAUGGGCAGGGUGAUGUGCCUGGGCUCGUAGUGUCAGGUCCGGUAGGCACCUGGUGCGUGCCAGCAAAGGUCUGCAGCCGCCUGGCGCUGCGCGGCAGGCGUACCUCGCGUCUGAAACGACUUUAUUGGUCAUCUGUGUAAGCGCUUGUCAAAUGUAUUACCACUGCUCGUGAA